AUUUCCUUCUUCACCGUGCACUGCCGUCACGGCGUAUUCCAUUUUUCCUCUCUCUGCGAUCUCCAACCUCUAGGGUUUGCAGUGAUUGCGCGGGAAUCGACUUCUUGUUGCUUAUUGCUUUGUAGUCGAGAUAUCGAAUAUUCUUCUUUUUCGUGUGAGGAAUACGUUUUGAUCUCGAAUUGCUGCGUUAUAUGCUGUGAAGUCCAGAAAAAUCCCUAUACUUUUGUGGAACUGAACUUGCUGAUUGGCUCACUUAUGGUUAUGAUUAUUUGUCCACUAAGUCUUGUAGUCUGCCACAUCGGCAUCCAACCUAACGCACUUGCAUUAUGCUAUACUACAGCCAUAGACAUUGUGGAUUCAAGUGGUUUUGUCGAUGAGAAGUGUGAAAGCAAACUUUAUAUCGGUAAUCUUGACCUCAGAAUUACAGAAGCGGCUCUCAUUAAAAUGUUCUCUCCUUUUGGGAAGAUAAUAUCCGAGGAUUUCUUGUGGCACACACGAGGUCCGAAGCGUGGAGAGCCACGCGGAUUCGCCUUCAUUGAGUACAGCUCCAAGGAGGAAGCUAAACUGGCUAAAGAGAAUAUGCAUGGAAAAUUAGCUUGCAGUCGUCCAUUGGUCGUGCGCCUCGCGAGUGAGAAGCUCGUGAUUAACACAACAAAUAAUAAUAAUACUUCAAGAACAACAGGUGAGACGAGCAAAUCAAGACCGAGUGGCAGCAACUACGGACAUAUGAGUCGCAGCGAUAAGAUUGCUGCCAUAAAGAACAAAUUGAGAGCUUUGGAAGGAGGAGAGGGGGAGAGGUCUGGUGUGAAAAAACAGAAGCAAGGUCAGGUGAGUUGCAGAAAUAAUAUUGAUAAGUAAUCGCUCAAAACAUCCCACCCAUCCUGAUGCUGAAGAAAACUGUGAGAUUGGUAGUUUGUAUUCACCGAAAUCUCUUCUACUGUUAACUAAACCUCUAUACGCAAAUCUGAUGCGUAGUGCCAAGCUUUACUAUGAUGCUAACAUACACAACACAUAGCUUUAUGGCGAUGAUAUUCUGGAUAUGCGUUGCUCUUUUCUCCUGCAUUAGUUUUUUUUCCUUCCUCUCAUGAUACAACUAAGGGGUAGGGAAAAACUGAGCGAUUUCCCGAGAAAUUAUUGGAGGAGACCGCCACAAUAUUGUCUAUCGUCUAUUGUCUUUGCUUUUCAUUAUUGGAUUUGUGAGAGAAAAAUUGUGUAAGUAUUUCGAAUUUAUAUUUCAUGGUUAGUAGGAAUAUAGGUAGAUUGUGUAUCUGCACCAAUGGAAAUGAACCAAUGAUGCGUUCAAGAUAUUGUGAUCUAAAAGCCUAAUGGAUUACAUUGGUUGAAAUUUA